GUCGCUUCCACUGUUUCCUUUCAUCUGUGUGACUCUUCUCCUCCUCCUGACCCUUCUUGUCUCGUCAUCUGCCCGCAUUAUUCUUUCUUGCGGCUGGGCGAGGUCGAUAAAGGGUGUUGGUUGCUUAUCUCCUCGCGCAUUUCCUGUCGUCGGCCCCCAACCUAAAUUUGAAAUCGCCUUCCAAAACACUCACUGCCGCUAGAUCAUACUGUAUCACCUUACCCAUAGACAAUGCGUGAGUGUGCGGCGGUGGACCUUCCCUCUCUGAGCUGAAGCCUGUCUACUGCGAACAAGACGCUGCGAUUAGCAACUAACUUCGCUUAUUCGAACCGCUGAGAAUCAAAACUCCACACAGAACAUCUCCACCGCCGUUCCUUCCCCUCCCCCCCCUUGGACGUCAAGGAAAGGGGGACACGCCCAGGGAAAAUGACCGGGUGGACAGCGACCCAAUGGAUACCCUGGAUGACUCUGAUCUCGACCUGGAUCGACGGCACCGGCGCUAACCAAUCCCCGUCCGUCUGCCUAGCUCGCGAUGGGUUCGAUCUCGGCGCCGAGCUGAUCCAGUGGCCUGCCUGUGUCGAGACGCGAUGGGGACACCACCGUCCCGAGGUGGAUGCGGCCACCUAUAUCUCCCAUACAUCUUCGGCAGCGGCAGCGUCAGCAGGAGCAACGUCGGUGACGGUCUCCGCGAUCCCGACCUCCACGGAGGAACAGCAACAGCAGCGGACCGACCAAGAGCUCGACACGGAAUCUCCGCUCGAUAAUGCGAAGUUCCUCUCCUUUGAGGACUGGAAGAAGCAGAAUCUGGCCAAGGUCGGGCAGUCGGCGGAGAACGUGGGUGGGAAUCGCCGGGGUGGCGUGGCGGGCAACAAGGAGGAUCGGCGACGACCCACGGGGAUCAAUAAUGCGCUGGACUCGCUGGGCGACGAUGCGGAGAUUGAGCUGGACUUUGGCGGCUUCGGCGCGGAUACGGCGCCCGAGGCGACGAAGCCCACCGCUUGGGGCGCGGCUAUGGUGUCCCCCUCUACGGAGGCGAAAAGCGAGGGGAUGUCUGGGGCGGGAGUCGAGGGCGCGGGCGCGGAGGAUGGAAGGGCGCAGAGUGUACCUCAGACCGGGGUGUCUCGUUCGAAGGAUGCGGGGACGACCUGCAAAGAACGGUUUAACUAUGCGUCCUUUGACUGCGCGGCGACGGUGCUUAAGACGAACCCGGAGUGUACCGGGUCGUCGUCGGUGCUGAUUGAGAACAAGGAUAGCUACAUGCUGAACGAGUGUCGCGCGAAGAACAAGUUCCUCGUCCUCGAACUGUGCGACGAUAUCCUGGUCGAUACGGUCGUGCUCGCCAACUACGAAUUCUUCAGCUCCAUCUUUCACACCGUCCGUGUGAGCGUGGCGGAUCGGUAUCCCGCUAAAUUGGACCAGUGGCGCGAGUUGGGUGUCUACGAGGCCCGCAAUACGCGCGAGGUGCAAGCCUUUGCCGUCGAGAACCCACUGAUCUGGGCGCGGUACCUGAAGAUUGAGUUUCUUACGCACUACGGUAACGAAUUCUUCUGUCCGCUGAGCUUGAUUCGUGUCCAUGGGACAACGAUGUUGGAGGAGUACAAACAUGACGGCGAGACUGCCCCUGUGGACGAUGAGAUAUCAGAGGAAUCACUGGAGCCGGCUCCACCGGCUCCGGAUCUUGAGACUACAACUACGGUUGUGGAAUCGUCUAAGCCAGUGGUCACUGAAUCGGCGGACACGGCAUCGACCAGCGAUGCAAAGGACGAGGCUUGCCACCAGUCUGGGUCGGAUGUGGAUGUGCCAGAGCUGCGCGAGCUUCUGGGACUACUAGAUACCUGUGACGAACAGGAGGCGCCGGCUACCAGUGCUGGACCUGACGUGGCUGCUCAGCCUCCGUCCUACCGACCUGUUUCGAAUGAAACGUCUCCGUCCCAGGGCCAAGAAAGCCCGGCCUCAGGAAAGGACAAGGAGGCCUCAUCUCGAGAGCCAGGAGAGCCAAAGGCGUCAAGUGUCAUAGGGACAAUGGCAACAGACUCACCAUCGUCUUCUACAACCGCUGCAAACUCGGAGACUGUAUCUCCUAGCCCUGUGACCGAAGCGGACAGCAAGACUGCUGUGCCCCAGAAGGAUGAGCCCAGCAGUGUAGCUGAACCGACCAGGUCGAGCAUGACCCAGCCACCGUCGUCCAAUCCAACGACACAGGAGUCGUUCUUCAAGUCCGUGCACAAGCGACUUCAGAUGCUGGAAUCUAACUCGAGUCUGUCGCUCCAGUACAUCGAAGAGCAAUCGCGCAUCUUGCGAGACGCCUUCAACAAAGUCGAAAAGCGACAGCUGGCGAAGACGUCGACAUUUCUGGAGGGCUUGAACGUGACCGUGUUGAAUGAACUGAAGCAGUUCCGAGAGCAGUAUGAUCAGGUGUGGAAGAGCGUGGCGCUGGAAUUUGAGCACCAGCGUAUCCAGUACCACCAGGAGAUCCAUUCCCUCAGUUCGCAGCUGGGCGUGCUGGCGGACGAGUUAGUCUUCCAGAAACGCGUGGCCGUCAUCCAGAGCAUGAUGAUCCUCUUCUGCUUUGGUCUGGUGCUCUUUGCGCGGGGCACCGCCAAUGGUUACAUUGAGAUUCCUCGUGUGCAGAAUAUGGUCACGCGCUCGUACAGCCUGCGCUCGUCUUCGUCGCCGUCCCCGCCGUACGGCUCCCCAUUAGUGAGUCCGACGUCAACACGUCCCGCGUCUUCUGGUCGACGGACCGGCGGACAUCGGCGGAAUGUGUCCGAGGACUCGCAGGACGAGCUUCUCAGCCCGACGCUGGCCUAUUCGCCGCCAACGCCGGUUUCCGUUGCGAUGAGCUCGGCGGAGGAUGAGGGAUCCGAGCGUCGAGGAGAGGAUCGCCUUGAUCUGCCGGAGGUUCCACCGGUCCAGCGUUCCCGUAGCAGUCCUCCUGACCUCCCGCGCGAGGAAGGUACCUCUGGAUCCGAGACAUCCCCGGUGGAUAAUGCCGUUGACUCACUCGAGCGGUGAAUGGCUGCCUUGGAUAGAGCAGUGGCAAGGAGGGGAAGCAGGGAUAUGAUGAGUGGCUGAGGAAGCUUAUCGACAUUCCUGGUUGUCUGUCUCCGCCAGCUGCGUGUUUCCAGGUCAACUCCGUCUGGCCUCUUUGCGUUUGCGUUUGUUUGUCUGUAUCUCUCUCUGUGUUUAUUGGGCGGGCGCGGAAUGGAUUGUUUUGUUGAUUAUACCUUAUCUGUAUGUUCUGUAUGGGACACGAGACGAUGACGACUAGAUUAGUACUACUGAACUGGAUUCCUGCAGGAAUCGAACGACUUUCCC